AUGCCUUCCUCUGCUCCUCCUGACGACCUCUCCGUUGGGGACGUUUUUAGUCCGCAGGCCGACAGCGCGCAGCCCUCCGUUGAAACUCCGACCAAUCAUCAUGUCCCGGAUGUCCACAUGGGUGAUCGGCUGUCACCUCGCAAGCAAAUGGCCAAUUAUGCCGCUGAUGGGCUCAAGGCAAUGCAGCCACCCGCAUUCCAUCCAGAUCUGUUGUCUGGAAGACAGCGUCGGAAGAAGAAGAAGAAGCAGGCCGCACAGGCGGACCCGGCCCGGUCAACGGUGCACGGCUUCACUCCGCUGGCAUCCGCUGAUGAAGACUCGGAUUUCUCAGCUACCAGCUCGCGUGCUGCGGAAUCUCGCCCAGCCACCGCCAUUGGUGGGGCGAGCCCCCUCGUGCAGCCGGCCUCGGGCCAUGGAGUCAGUGCAUUGAAGCUCCAGUUCGAUUCACUGUUGAGUCUUUCUGGCAAGCCCACUGCCGAGACCAAUGGCCUUUGCUCCGCAACUCCCAGCAAUGCAAGUGUAUACUCGGACAGCGACCAAACUGAAGUUUUGACUAGCUAUGAAGUUCCUCUGGAACAUGAUUUCGUCAGUGCAGAUGCUGCUAAAGAAGAUCCGACCAGCGUAACAACAGAUUUAGCCGGCAAUGGUAUAAACGUGCGAAACCAACUUUGCCGCAAGAUGACCACUGAGGAUUUUGAACCCUUGCUUUGCCUCGGCAAAGGCUCCUUCGGCACUGUGUUGCUUGUCCGUCACGUCGUUACGGGCAAGCUGUAUGCCCAGAAACAGUUCAAGAAAGCAUCCAUUACCGUGCACAAGAAGCUGGUGGAGCAGACCAAGACUGAGCGCAUGGUCUUGGAAAGCGUCAACCGGCACCCGUUCGUUGUAAAGCUCUUCUAUGCGUUUCAGGAUCAUGAGAAACUCUACCUGAUCCUGGAGUACGCCCAGGGUGGGGAAUUAUUCACUCACCUUGCUAUGGAGCGCAUGUUCCAGGAGGAUGCGGCCGCUUUUUAUAUGGCAGAGAUGGUCCUCGCCCUUGAACACUUGCACCAAAACGUUGGCGUUUUGUACCGCGAUCUCAAACCCGAGAACUGCCUCCUGGACCGCGAGGGUCAUCUGCUCCUUACGGACUUCGGUUUGAGCAAGAUUGCUCUCAGUGAUGAUGACCGCUGCAACUCUUCUCUCGGCACCAUUGAGUACAUGGCCCCAGAAGUCGUUCAAGGCAAACCUUACGGCAAAGCAUGUGAUUGGUGGUCACUCGAGAAGAUCGUCAAACAGAAGCUCGUUCUGCCUUACUUCCUCGGCCCAGAUGCCAAAGACCUUCUCACUCGCCUGAUGCGCAAGGAACCUUCGAAGCGGCUGGGCUACCACAUGCCUAAGGACCUGCAGACAAUCAAGAAGCACCGCUUCUUCCGCAAGAUUGACUGGGCUGCUCUCGAGCGCCGCGAGGUCGAACCCCCGAUCCAGCCAAUCGUCACCGACCCGGCCCUCGCGGAGAAUUUUUCUGCGGAUUUUACCCAGAUUCCGCUCAGCCCAAUUGUCGGCGGAGGGUUUGAUGAUCUCUAUGCAUCAAGCCGUUCGCGUUUGUCGAGCGGCUUCACCGGCGAUGCCGAUCCAUUUGGCGGGUUCAGCUUCGUUGCCUCAAGCAGCCUCCUCGACCAUGGGUUGGGCGCUGUGACUGCGGGCUAUUAA